AUUCUAUCCAAUCACAUUGACAGAUGGCUCUGAUGCUCUGUCAAUGAAAAGUGUCAAAUUUCCGAGAUAUAGAAUUAAAAUUGGAUAGUGAUGAAAAAAACUCCAUAUGAGUGUUGUUGAUAGUUAAUGCAUAAAUCAACUGUUAUUUAGUCGUUUUCUUAUUUAAUUUGUCAUAAGUUUGUAAAUAUAUUAUAGACGUGAGUUGCCCAAAGAUUUAACAAAAUGGCAGCCACUAGGAGAUUACAAAAAGAACUAGGAGAUAUUAGAAAUUCAGGAUUGAAAUCAUUCCGUGAUAUACAAGUUGAUGAAACUAAUAUUUUAACUUGGCAGGGUUUGAUAGUUCCAGAUAAUCCUCCUUAUAAUAAAGGAGCUUUCAAAAUAGAAAUCAAUUUCCCUGCCGAAUACCCUUUCAAACCACCCAAAAUAAAUUUCAAAACCAAAAUUUAUCAUCCAAAUAUAGAUGAAAAAGGUCAAGUGUGUUUACCUAUCAUAAGUGCUGAACAUUGGAAACCUGCAACUAAAACAGACCAAGUGAUACAAGCUUUAGUAGCUUUGGUAAAUGAACCUGAACCGGAACACCCUCUUAGAGGUGAUUUAGCAGAAGAAUAUAUCAAAGAUAAGAAGAAAUUUACGAAAAAUGCGGAAGAAUAUACGAAAAAACACAGCGAGAAAAGACCAGCGGACUAAAUUAAUUCUCAUUUAUUAUAGAUAACCGUCACUGAAUGAAUUUGAUACAGUUUUAAAAAUCAAAAAACGAUCUUGUGGUUGUAAGAAGCGUGGUGCAGGCAGUUUUGUAAAAAAAAACAAAAAAAUAAUAAAAUUUUUGUCUUUAUUUUAAUUUCAUUAAUUUCUAUUGUGCUUUCUGUAUGUACAUAUAUCAGCUUUAAAAAUUCAAUAUGAGUUGUAUAAACCAUAUUUUUUUGCUUUCAUUAGAUCGUUUUUGGUAUUUGUUACUGUCAUCAUAUUUAAUACAAGGAAAAAUGUUCUAUUUUCAAAAUAAAAGUAUAACAAAGAAACGUUGGGUUUCAACACAUAUUUGUUAGUAAUUUUCAGAAAAUACUAGUUGAAAUUACACCUUCCGCUUGUGUACCAGCGUUUUCCAUUUCUGCUCAUUCAUUGCCAUUUUUUUCCAGUUCCUCCUGUUGUUAUCAAAUCCAUCUUCACCUCAUGCAACCAUCUCGAGCAUGGUCUUCCUCUCCCACCUUGGUUGCAUUCUUUCAUCAUUCUUAUUCCUGCUUUUGGUCCAGCUCUUCAUAUUCGUCCCAGUCAUUUUACUCUUGUUUUUUGUAUCAUCUCUCCAAUGAUUAGAUGUUUUGAUUGAAAAUGAUGCUACUUUGAGAUAUGUUACAGACAUCAAUGUUGUUUUUAAUGAAUUUUCUCAUUAAUUUAAGUAUUUUUUCCUUAGUACAUUAUAUUUUCAUGAGCAUUCAAUCGAAUACAAUUUUGUAACUUCAGUUGUUGCUUGAACAUUUUGAUAGAAGUUAAAAAAAUAAAAAAUGCUGAGGAAGGCGAAUCUACAACCUUGUUGUUUCCUAUUAGUUCACAAGUUUAGUUGGAAAUUCCAAAAUGACUUCUGGAAAUUUCUAUCGUUGCUCAUGUUGAGGAUGGCCAAUUAUAGAAAAAUAUCAUCUACACAUUGCUGUUUAAUAUUGAUUCACGGGCUUAUGAACAGAUGGACAUUAUAUCAAAAAUAUCUGCAACGUUUAUUGUAACACAUGAUGAAGAGUACAAAAAAGCAUAAACUUGUUGAAAAUGGCCAAAUAUAGAAAGAUAUCACCUACAACCUUGUUAUUUCUAUUAGUUCGGAUGAUUAGUUGGGAAUUCCACCAACAAUACUUUUGCAAAAUUCUAUUGUAGAACAUGAUGAGUACAAAAGGACAAAAAACUUCCUGAUAAAGGUCAGUUUCUUGAAGAUAUCAUCUACCACCUUGCUGAUUACUAUUCUCCCUCAGGCUUAUGAUAAGUUGGUAUUACAUAAAAAAUACCUUUGCAACUUUUAUCGUAACUCAUGAUGAAGAGUACAAAAGGGAAAAUAACUUGCUGCAGAUGGCCAAUUGUAGAAAGAUAUCAUCUUUUCUAUUAGUUCACUAGCUUAGGAGAGAAUUUCACCAAAAAACUUCUGCAAUCUUCUAUUAUAACACAAAAUGAGUAAUGAUGGCCAGGUCUGUUUGCUAUUGGUUCACCUUUGCUACUCAAUCUAUUCUAACAUAUGAAGAAUACAAAAGUACGAGGAACUUUGGAAGGCCAAUAAGGCAGACUUAGAUGCGGUGACUAAUGGAAAAAUAAUUAUGAAAAAGAGAUAAAUUUUAUUGAGAGAAUUAUCAUCAAUACCACCUUCUUUUACUUUCUCAAAUUCAAGCUGCUCUACUUCUUCGUUCUUACAAGAGAACAAACUAUUCUCAAUUUAGACAAUUCCCUUGCUAAUAUGCUUAUUAGUUUUUAACUUUAUUACAUGUAAGUUGUUCUACUUCUUGAUUGACAACGGAACAAGCAAUUUUUUUCCUCAUGUUUAUUUUUUCUCUCCCUCAUGGGUACUUCAAAGUAUUUUUCCUCUCAAGUUUAGUUCCUUUUUUUAUUAGUUUUGUAACAUAAUUAUUAACAUUAUUUAAUGAAUCUUCAGAAACUUUUAUUGCAUAUAGGUAUAGAAAAUUCAACAUUGGUGAAGUCCAAGUUCUUAUAGCAUCUUCAAAAAAAAUAUUCACCAUUUCUCACUCCAUUCAAAAACCAGUAUUGUAAAUGUUAAGGGAAGUAAGAAUUAGUAAACAUUAAUACCAUACUGGAUAUUUCAACUCUACCAAAUUUUUAUUAAAAAACUAUUUUGGUCAAUAAUGUUCAAAAUCUGAAAAAUCCCAUGUUAAAGUUUUAAUAACUUCCACCAAAAACGAUCCAAAGUAGGAAAGAUAUUAAAAACAACCCCAACACUAUCCUAAUGUUCACUAACAUGCUUCUUGUACUACCAUGUUUGGUCCUUCUGGCUUUCUAUUAGUUGUUUAUCAUUAUCCGGCUCGAAGGACCAGGCAGUUGUAGUGGUAGUAAACAGAGUGCUCAGUUAUCUUCAGAAUAUGCAGAAUUGGAAAACUCCUUACUGGUAAUGAGGAACAAGAAAGGUAGGAAAAUUUGUGGGUUUGGUUGAUAUUGUUAGAAUUAAUGGAUCUAAGGGUUUCGUUACAUUAGAUUGUACAUAUGAUUAUUCCCAUUUUUUAUAAAUAUAAAUAUCAGUUUUAGUGAAAUAACUUUUCAAUCAUCAUGAAAGGUUGGUGUAAAUAAAUUUAAGAACUUAUUCCAAUAAUACAUUGAGAUAAAAUGAUUUAUUACUUGCUUAUGACAUAUAUUAGUCAAUUUCAUUCAGUGAAUAUUUUUUGCAUUUUCAUGUUUUUUUCAAAUUUUUAUAAUAUUUACUAAAUUAUGAAAUUGAGAUGUUUAUUUAUUAAAUUAACCAAUUUUGUAUAUUUUAGCUUGCAGUUGCAUAAAAUCAAUUUAUUAUUUUUCUCGAAAACCAUAUUUGAAUAAUACUUUUUGAAUAUAAUAAAAUUAUAAUUGAAUCUAA